AUGAUUCUCAACUUUUACGAGCACGAGGAGUUUUAUAAAGAACUGGGAAAUCAGUUCAAAGAACUAGAUCUGUCGGAGUACUGGAGCUUCAUUCACGACUAUAAAAAUGCGUUCGAAUCCAGUUCGAAUCGCCACCAACGUGUUGCAAGAAAACAUGUGUCUCUGGGCGAUUUUUAUAUCCACUGGCUUCGCUGCAUGAUGAUGGUUAAACAACAAGCUACGAAUAACCUGGCGAAGUCUUUAGCAGCUUCGUUACAAACCAGACUGCAGCAACUGAAGCAAAAUUCGGUUUUCAAAGCGGCAUUGUUGACGGAUCCAAGAUUCAAUUAUAUAUCAUCAUCUGUUCUAAGUCCGGAUGAAAAGGAGGAAACCAGAAAAUUCAUCGUUGCUACAUCGGAAAGGAUCAAGUCAUUUGACAACACACAACCACAACGGGCAAACAACGCCGAUGAUAAAAACACGUCUACGUCCAAUUUGGAUGAUUUUAUGACGAGUUUGUUUGGAGGUUCCCUUCCAGCAACAUCACAAUCAACAAUAGAAAACAUAUUUGAAAAGCAAAUUAAUGCUCUAGAUUUGGAAACGCAUCAAAACUAUAAGUAUAACACUUGGAAACAUUGGCUUGGUCGUAAAGAGACCCAUCCCGAGCUAUCAGCGGUGGCUCUCGCAAUUAUGGCUGUUCCGGCAACACAGGUAUCUGUGGAGCGAGCUUUCAGCGCUUUGGCACUGGUAUUAUCGCCAGCGAGAACAAAAUUAUCGGCUCAAAAUUUGGAAAGCAUUCUUUUAAUUAAAUUGAAUGAAGGAUUGUUGUCCACAACAAUUGCCAAUCUGUACGAUUGGAAAGAUUUCAAAGGUUUAAGCGCCUUAGUUGAAGGAUGAAGAUUUUGUAACGAACUGGUUUUGGA